AAGCAUUCUAGGAUCACACCGAGAGGAACAAACACACUGCUAAAAAGCAAGAGAAGAAAACAGUGAACGGAGAAGGAAACAACAUGGCUAAGUUUCUUACCCAAGAUCAAAUCCAGGAAUUCAGAGAGUGCUUCUCCCUGUACGACAAGACUCGGAAAGGCAAGAUAUCUACCAGGGACCUGAUCACAGUGAUGCGAUGCCUGGGAACCAGACCCACUCCUGGAGAGGUGGAGAGACACUUGCUGCAUCAUAAAAUAGAAAAAAACGGUGAUCUGGAUUUCUCGACCUUCCUCACCAUCAUCCACCAACAGCAGCAGCAAGAGGAUCCGGGGAAGGAGAUCCUGGAUGCCAUGUUAAUGGCAGACCAAGAGAAAAGAGGUUUCAUAAUGGCGACUGAGCUGAGGGCCAAGCUGACACAGAUGGGAGAGAAGCUGACCAACAUAGAAGUUGAUGAGCUGCUGCAGGAAGCCAACAUCGCCCCGAAUGGAGUUGUGAGAUACGACAAAUUCAUCCAGACAAUCCUCCUGCCGCCAGCAGAUUACUGAACUUCCUCAGAACCCUCCUCAUCAACUCCACCUCUCAAUCGUUUCACCUAUUGGUCCACCUGCCGCCUGGUUGGAGAUUGGUUCCCUCUGCAAGUCGAGAACAUCCUGUGGCGGCCAGAAGAAUGCACCGUGCCUUCCCCAUCACAAUACCCAACUCUCUGGUGAACAUCCACAUCUCCGAUCUGCUCACAGCCCACCCCAAGUAUCAGCCGUGCGUCAUGUGAAGAGGGCCUUCAUGUUAAUCCUAAAUCCACCCUCACCAUUUUAACUUCUCCCCUUCACAGGGUUUUGCAUAAAGACAAACUCCAGAUAUUACUUUCUCAUGUAUGUGAACAUCUCUACGCUUUAAUUUCUCUGAUAACCAAGGCAGAUAAGUUUAACAACUUUGCAUUUAUGCACCACUUUCAACAGUCAAGCAUCUCAAAGCACUUCACAGGAACAUUAUUGAACAAAGUUUUCCUCCAAGUCACAGCGGAUAUUAAGUCAGGAGAAGUAGUUUUUUUAUAGAAUAUCUCAAAGAGAAAAGUGGAGAGGUUAAGUCAUGGAGUCAUACAUCAUGGAAACAGGCCCUUCGGCCCAACUGGUCCAUGCCGACCAAGAUGCCCAUCCAAGCUAGUCCCAUUUGCCUACAUUUGGCCCAUAUCCCUCUAAACCUUUCCCAUCCAUGUACCUGUGCAAGUGCCUUUCAAAUGUUGUUAAUGUACCUGCCUCAACCACUUCCUCUGGCAGCUCAUCCGCUAUACAGACCUCCCUCUGGGUGGAGAAAGUUCCCCCUUAAGUUCCUAAUAAAUCUCUCCCCUCUCACCUUAAACCUUGAUUCCCCAACCCAGGGAAAAAGGGUGCAUUCACCCUAUCUAUGCCCCUUAUGAUUUUAUACACCUCUAUAUUCUAUACAUCUCAUUCUCCUACGCUCCAGUGAAUAAAGUCCUAGCCUGCUCAACCUCUCUCUACGUCAGUCCCUUGAAUCCUGGCAACAUCCUCGUAAAUAUUUUCCAGCCUAAUGGCAUCUUUCCUAUAGCAGGGUGACCAAGGCUGAACACAAUAUUCCAAAUGUGGCCUCACCAGCAACUUGUUUGGAGGGAGGGAAUUUUGGAUCUGAGGACGUUGGCAGCUGAAGGCACCAAAUGGCCAUUCAUCCCAACGGAUCUCUCCCCCAGGAGGAUUAGUGACUAGUUCCUAUCAUUGACCAGGUUGGAGUCCCUCAGCAUUCAUCGACAGAACACUCGGCACUGAGGUAUGGCAGUGGCAGCAAACUGCCAAUGAUCAAUGUGGCUUCCCAGGGAAUGGGAAGUUAUGGGAUCCACUGGAAUUGGAUACCAAGACCAGCAGCAUUGUGACGGAGCCAGUGGUCUGGAUGUUCACUAAAUGCUGGGGUUUGUCGAUGAGUCACAUCACCAAAACACCAACCCUGGGCAACAGGGCCCCUCCAACUAUCAACAGCUGAGAAUUCAUUCACCCCGCUUGAUGUAACAGCCCCAACACGGUGGCACAAUGAGUCGAGCCGCUGCCUCACGGCUUCAGAGGUCCAGGUUCAAUCCCGAACUCAGGUGCUGUCCACACGGAGUUUGCACGUUCUCCAUGUGACCACUGGGUUUUCCGGGUGUCCUAGUUUCCUUCCACAUACCAAAGGCAAGCAGGUUGGUGGGUUAAUUGGCCGCUGCACGUUUCCCCAAGUGUGGGUGAGGGGUAAAAUCUGGGGGGAGUUGAUGGGAAUGUGGGGAGAAUAAAGUGGGAUUGGUAUAGAACAAGUCUAAACGGAUGCUCGAUGGUUCGUGCAGUGUUCAAAGGGCCUGUUUCCAUGGUUAUAACUCACAUCACCAUGGCACUCCAUGUUCUGAACACAAUGUAUUAGUGGCAUCACUUUGUCCUGUGGCCAGGAAACUGUAAGUACAUUAAUAAUAAUAAU